GUUUUUAUCGUGUUUUAUCCUCUGACGGCUACGCUGUAUUCGACAGUCGGAUGGUUUCCGGCUCGUUUGCAGCUCCCCAAGAAGUGCCUUCUACGAGCGACAUCUCCAUUAACAAACGUCUCACGUUUCAUACUUCGACAUGGCGGAAUCAACUCCCUUUGGCAAGACUCGUGGCAACGGCGCGGGUCCACCUGUGCCUGACAACGCUAGCGCUCCCUGGCCCAGCGACGCUAUCGAUGUCCGAUCUUCCAGCUCUCCCGCUGCGGAUCACGAUAUCUUGCUGGGUCCUCCGUCUGGCGCAGUCACGCCUGGUAGCCCUCAGUUGUCAGGAAAUCCUUCCUUUUCCGGCAGCAGCUCCCAUCACGAAGACUGGGACGUCUUUCCACCUCUCGACCGUUUAACGGUUUUAGAUAUUCUCGACAAUUUUGCUCUACCACACCAUCUUGAGAAGCUCCAGAAAGGCAUAUCGGCACAGACACAGAAAGUUCGAAAGUCUAAAGAUGCAUUCAAAUCGCGAAGCCAACACGCCCGGGUGCGCAUGGUCGAGGAAUGGAGACGUCGCAUUCCUACACCCGACGAACAGCUCGAAAGAUACCGCAGGCAGAUGCGCGCUGGAGUCGACAAGCUUGCAGGAAGGUGGAGUGACACGAAGAUCAUCACGUUGCGCGAGAAAAUAUCGUUCAUUUGCGGCGUUAUGAACAUAUUCAUCAGCGGGUACCUGAUCGGAGGCCACCCUCAAUCGUUCCAUAUUUGGUACACCGCUCAGUUGAUGUAUUUCAUGCCCAUACGUGUAUUCACGUAUCACCGUCGGGGUUACCAUUACUUCCUGGCAGACUUGUGCUAUUUCGUCAAUUUUCUUCUUAUGAUCAGCAUUUGGGUCUUUCCUAACUCGAAGCACCUCUUCACGUCAGUCUACUGCCUUGCCUUUGGGAAUAACGCCGUUGCCAUCAUCAUGUGGAGAAAUUCUCUCGUCUUUCACAGCUUCGACAAGGUCACAUCGCUCUUCAUCCAUAUCAUGCCUUGUGCGACUCUACAUUGCAUGGUCCAUUUGUGGCCUGAUGGUCUACAGGCAAGUCGGUUUCCUGCUAUAUGGGAUCUGAAACAUUCUCCUGUGGCGUCGGCAACAGCAUCUGUCAACAUCUUGUCCAUGUUGGCCUGGAGUUCAGUACCUUAUGCGGUCUGGCAACUGUCCUAUUACUUUUUCAUAACAGUCCGCCGGCGGGAAAAGAUCGCUGCUGGCCGGCCGACAUCGUUUACUUGGCUUCGGCGAUCGUAUUCGAAGUCAUGGAUUGGGAAACUGGUCUUGUCACUUCCCAACGCGCUACAGGAACCGGCUUUCAUGGCAAUUCAAUGCUUCUACGCAAUGCUGACCAUGAUACCAUGUCCGCUGUGGUUCCUCAGUCGUUACGCCUCGUCUGCGUUCCUCAUGGUCGUCUUUUCAUGGAGUGUAUACAAUGGCGCAACUUACUACAUCGAUGUUUUCGGGAGACGUUUCCAAAAGGAGCUUGAAUCUCUGAAGGCAGAAGUUGGCCAGUGGCAGAGCAGUCCCGAAUCCCUGGCGACUUCUCCACAUAUGGUUCCGAAUCCAGACGACCCAGUGCCCACGGAACUCACCAUGCCCGUCGCUGAAGGUAUUACGCCGGGACUCGAUCCCGACGUUGUCACUGCUACAGUCUCCGCAACAGAGCCUGACGGUGGGAUAGCCACAGAGACUGCCAUUACUGGUCUAGAUAUUCCUGCUAGGCUUUCCGCAACGGAACGUAAACUGUCUAAACAGAGCAUGUAGAGAUAGUAGCCUAACUAUCAGGGAUAUCUGCUUUUCUAUCCGUCGGUGUAUCUGUAAGCAUAUGCCUUUUCAUGAGUUAGCUAGUGCAGCCGUGAUAAUCAUUCUCUUAAUAGUCUAGAC